AUGGCGGAUAAACCAGGAUCAUCGCGUGAUAUAGCAAUCCCACAAAGCUUCUAUCCCAAGACUGCAAGGGCCAGCCUUAUUGAGAGAAAACUUGUUUCUCAACAGUAUGACAGUGACGCAGAUGGGCUGGAUCUCUCUGAUGAUGAUGACGUCCAGGAUCCAACAUACAGACCACAGCUCAUUUCUGAUGAUGAUGACGAUCAACUCUCUGAUCAAGACGAAACUAUUAUAUUGCAUAUUGAAGAUGUAGACUUGAUUGAUAAACAAGAAUCGCAAGGACCAAAGAGAAAAAAGCGGAAAUCUAACUACAUCUGGAAUGCUGUAGCAAGAAACCAACUCUCAAAAGAUAGUCCUACAUUUUUGGAAGCUACUAUCGAUGAAGAUGAUGAAAUUCUCUCACCAGUAAAUUACUUCAGAAAAUUUUUCUCAUGUGAAUUUUUAGAUGAAAUCGUACACCAAUGUAAUAUUUAUGCUGUACAGAAGAACCCUAACAAGCCUUUCAAUCUGACCAAAGAUGAAUUGGAACAAUGGAUGGGUAUUUCCAUGAAGAUGUCUUUGACCAGAAUUAGUGACACCCAUCAACACUGGUCAUCAGAGUGUCUCACUGAAUCGAUUGGGGCAAUUAUGAACAGACAAAGGUGGGAGGACAUCAAAAGUAAUUUUCAUUUGGUAGAUAAUGAAACUGUUGAUAAAAAUGACAGGAUUGCUAAAGUAAGAAUGAUGGUGGAUCACCUUCGUGCAGAAUUCAAACAAAUCCCUAUGACUGAGCACUUAUCCAUUGAUGAGCAGAUGGUUCCUUUCAAAGGGGCUUCAAGUUUGAAGCAAUAUAUCCCAAAAAAGCCUGUCAAGUGGGGAUACAAGCUAUUUGUGCUAGCAGAUCAUAAGGGAAUGAUAUAUGAUUUUUUCCCAUAUGAAGGAAUAAGGAUUUGUGGGACAAUUCAAGCACGAAGAAUCCCUGGUUUAUCAUUCAAGGAUGAUAAGAAAUUGGCUACUGAAGGACGGGGAUCUUUCGAUGAACAUGAAACAGACAGUGGAGGUACAACUGUGACAGCCCUCAAGUGGUAUGAUAACCGUGCGGUCUGCUUAGCUUCCUCUUUUGCUACAUCUGUUCCUAUUGAACAAGCAAGAAAGUAUGAUAAAAAAUCAAAAGAUUAUGUUGAUGUCCCCAUUCCUCAUAUUGUCAGAAUGUAUAAUGAGCACAUGGGAGGAGUGGAUCUACAUGAUCAACUACUGUCGUAUUACAGGAUGUCUUUUCGUUCAAAAAGAUACUACAUGCGACUUGUCUUUCAUAUGAUAGAUAUAACUGUCAUAAACUGUAAGCAAAUGAAUCCUGCAAAGCGAGGCCGUCCCUCAUCUGUGGUGAAAGCUUUCAAGCAUAGGAAAAGGAAAGGAAAAGCAACAAAGCCCAUUCCUGAAGAAAACGUCAGACUUGAUGGUGUGGAUCAUCUCCCUGAUUAUGCUGAAGUUAGGGGAACAUGCAAAAUGCCUGGAUGCACGGCACGAGUUUUGGUAUUCUGUCAUAAAUGUAAUGUCCACUUGUGUUUUGAGCGGUCUCGUAACUGUUUCAAAAAGUUUCAUACAGAAUAG